GUCUGAAACACGCUGCAUCCUCAAACGCACCAUGCACUACCAUGCAUCCUGCUCUGCGCCUUGACGAAGUCGUAUCGAUCAUUGCACGACAAGGACUGUCCAAUGGAGACCUCGCAGUCCUUGCACGGGUGUCCCGGUCCUUCACUUCGCAUGCCCUCGAUGUCCUGUGGUACGAGCUAUACAGCAUGAUCCCGUUGCUCCAGUGUCUUCCGCCCCAUCUAGUUCGGGUGGAAAGUCAGAAAGCUGAUGAAGUAACUCUAAAUUGCACCUCCGCUCGUCCAUUCACCACCGCCGAUUGGGAUGUCUUCUUGAAGUACGCACGGCGCGUCGUGCAUCUGCAUGGUGCCUCAUCAAAUCUCAGGCGACCCGUCACUAUCGCCAGAGGCGAACCCAUCCUCAUGAAGUGGGAUGUUGAUCAAAGCGUCUUUGAACUCCUCUGCAAUGCGCCAUGUCCGCGUCCCCUCCUUCCUAAACUUCGCCAGCUGCGUUGGACAGACUCAACCGCACAGAAUGUGAUUUGGUUUCUUCGCUUCUUGCUGGGCCCAUCAGUGACUGAGCUGGCGUUUCAUACGUCAUCGUUGGAUGUUCCUGUGUUGAGUCUCGUCUCCAUAAUCCCAACACUAUGUCCUUCCAUGAAGUAUUUCUCGUGGCUUAACACUGCCAAGCUUUCUAAUUAUGCAAUCCGCGUGUCAUCGGACGUCGCGUGCGCAUGGGAUGGUCUUAGAGAACUGACCUGUCCUGCGAUAAGCAGUCACUCUUUGCAUCGUCUCUCAUCCUUGACUUUCCUCGAAGAUCUUUCCAUCAACCUCGCGGAGCCCUUUCCAGAGAAACUCAACUUGAGCCCCGACUCUGUCGCAUUCCCUUCCCUGUAUCGGCUCGCCCUGAGCAGCAUCCCGUACUGCUCCCUAGCGCAUCUAGCAAACUAUGUGAAGCAAAUGACACUUUACCCCUCCGGUUUGACGUUGCGCGCGUCCAGUGGCUCGGAAAACGAAUUCACAGAGCUAUUGGAAGUUCUCUCCAGCGACUCCGGGCACGAAGGACUUGAAUAUUUGCGUAUCUUUGAGUUUGAUACAGAUCCGAUGCCCGGGGUACACCAACUAUUAACGAAUCCGAUGCUUCGCCCUGUAUCUCGGCUUAAGAACAUGACGGACCUCACUAUCGACACGGAUCGUGGCGUCAUGCUUGAUGACGCUGGAAUCCUUGAGCUUGUCGUUGGGCUGCCUGGGCUCUGCACGCUCAGCAUUAACGAACAAAACGGAUGGCGGACUCGCCCAUUCGCCGUCCCGCUUGUUACCAUGCAAGGCCUAAGGCAGAUCGUCACCCACCUUCACGACCUGGAAAGGCUCGCGAUUGCCAUUAACGCCGAAAGUUCCGUCAUAGCUGAGGAUGACCUCAAGGCGGCCGCGAGGGAGAGUACCCACCGUAACAUUGAUUGGAACUUCUCGCUUAACCUCCUCGAUUCGCGCGUGGGCUCGGAUAACAUGUCGAUCGUCGCCGCUUUCCUUUCUGAUAUGUUUUACAACUUUCAGGAGUUCGAGUUCUGGAGUUUUAUGGGGCUGCAGAGCUUGGACAUGGUUCAGGAUUUAGAAAUAGUUCAUGAGGCGAGGGUACAGACGUUUCGCUGGUCGCAAGUGCAGAGCUUAGUGAAGGUCAUGCAGGAGAUUAGAAGGCAAGAGAAAGCGCGAUGGACGAAGGGUCUAAACUCGUCUUAG